GUAUCAUUAGGCAUCUUCAUUAUCAGCUUCCCAUCGCUUGGCAUCAGCAGUGUGAGGAUACCCUAACGGGAGGUGCUUCGGCGACAGUGUCCGGUGAACCAUGCCGUCAGUGCCCUCCUCCAAAGAGACCAGUGCCAAGGGCCCUGUGUGCCCCCACGCUGCCAAGCUGCACACCCAUGCCAACGAGGAUGCCAGACUUCAGGAUGGCCUGUUCCCUGUGAAUGGGCUAGACAUGGAAGAGGCUGAGGACGGGGACGGACCCAUUCAGCUCAAUGCAGGGAGAGCCGCAGGCGAGCGGAAGUGGAUCCGCCCGGACCUGCCCAGCCGAUGCACGUGGAGGCUGGGAGCCUCGCAUGCCCUCUCGCCCCAUAUGCACCCAACAAAAGCCCCUGUCCCAAACAUUCUUCCUAACAUCUUGCGUAGGAUUGGGGAUACUCCCUUGGUACGCAUCAACAAGAUCCCCAAAGUCUUUGGCCUCAAAUGUGAAAUAUUGGCAAAGUGUGAGUUCUUCAAUGCUGGCGGCAGCGUCAAAGACCGGAUCAGUCUGCGGAUGGUGGAGGACGCUGAGAGAGCAGGGCUCCUUAAACCUGGAGACACCAUUAUAGAGCCCACCUCAGGAAACACAGGUAUCGGACUGGCCCUGGCCGCAGCUGUGAAAGGCUACAGGUGCAUCAUAGUCAUGCCCGAGAAAAUGAGCAUGGAAAAGGUGGAUGUUUUGAGAGCGCUCGGUGCCGAGAUCGUCCGCACGCCAACCAGUGCUCGCUUUGACUCGCCGGAGUCGCACGUGGGCGUUGCCUGGCGCCUCAAGAAUGAGAUCCCCAACUCGCACAUCCUGGACCAGUACCGUAACCCGAGCAACCCACUGGCCCACUACGACACCACAGCCGAGGAGAUCCUGGAGCAGUGUGACGGUAAGGUGGACAUGCUGGUGGCAGGAGCUGGCACAGGGGGCACCAUCACUGGCAUCGCCCGCAAAUUGAAGGAAAGGUGUCCCAACAUCAAGAUUAUAGGUGUGGACCCAGAGGGCUCCACCCUGGCUGAACCCGAGGAGCUGAACAAGACCGAUACGACCCAGUAUGAGGUGGAGGGCAUCGGGUAUGACUUCAUCCCCACUGUGCUUGACAGAUCGGUAGUUGACACCUGGUACAAAUCCAAUGAUGAGGACUCCUUCAACAUGUCUCGCAUGCUGAUCAGAGAAGAGGGACUACUGUGUGGUGGGAGUUCAGGGACAGCCAUGGCAGCGGCAGUGAAGAUGGCCAAAGAGCUGAAGGAGGGCCAGCGCUGUGUGGUCAUUCUGCCAGACUCCAUCCGCAACUACAUGUCAAAGUUCCUCAGUGACAAGUGGAUGUUCCAAAAGGGCUUCCUGAGGGAAGAGGAUAUCACGGUGAACAAACCUUGGUGGUGGAACUUGAAGCUGCAGAACCUAAACCUUUCAGCACCUCUCACUGUCCUGCCCACAGUCACCUGUCAGAAGACCAUCAAAAUCCUGAAGGAGAAGGCUUUCGACCAGGCACCUGUGGUUGAUGAAGCAGGGUUAAUCCUGGGAAUGGUGACCUUGGGCAACAUGCUGGCCUCUGUCCUGGCGGGAAAGGUGAAGCCAUCAGAUCAUGUCAGCAAGGUGCUCUACAAGCAGUUCAAACAGAUCCGUCUCACCGAUAAUCUCGGGAAACUCUCCCGCAUCCUCGAGACUGACCACUUUGCCUUGGUGGUACACGAGCAGAUCCAAUAUUUGACAGACGGCUCCCCCAGUCUGAAGCAGAUGGUUUUCGGGGUGGUGACUGCCAUUGACCUGCUGAACUUUGUCACGGCCAGGGAAAAGAGAGAAAGGUGCAUAUCCGAGUGCAUUGACGAACUGUGACAAUCAUGGAUGGGAUACGCAGGCACUGGUCUUGUAGACGUGCAUGCUGUUCUUAUCUAGCGCUAAACACGUGUACACUGCCCACAAAAGCAGGUACAAGCUUGUCUUUGUUAGACAUGCCCUGGCCAAAUACACUUCUCUUACACUUUUACACUUAAAUAUUUAUCCUAAAUGUGUCAUUAGGUUUUGCAAUGUAUGAACCCCCUAAGAUAAACGAUUCAUUCAAGAGUAUAUGUUGACUUGUGAUGACUCAAGAUCCAUAGAAGAAAAUUGGUUAAAUGUAUUGACAUCCAUGUACUUGCAAGGGAUCUAAAUCAAAAUGGAGCCUGGCCUUAUCCACCCCCCUUCGCCAAAUAGCACUGCGUACACACUACUAAAAAAAGGGAGCGAAGAACAUGAUAAAAUAGAUAAAAAGGUAGACACACUGUUAUUUUCAGAGAAAGAGAAAAAGACGCCAAUCUGUCCUAAACUGGAAUUAUGCUGACCUUGCCUGUAUUGAUUACUGUGGCUGCACACCGUGUAGCAACUGGCAAUACCAAUAGAUAGUUCAUGUCCACACCAUCUAGCUGUAACGUUAUACUUGGGCAGUGUGAAAAGGUUCGUAGCGUGCUGGUUGUGAAAAGUGGGCAUCAGCAUUGCUAACAAUUCCUUCAGAUGAUUGAUCAAUACCCAUACGUUUACCUGACGUAGUCCAAGGUUAUUUAGGAGGCACACUGGGGCUUUGCUUCUCUGUAGAACUGUGGCGCUUUAACACUUAUAAAGCGGGAUUUGGGCUUGAUGGGAGCGCACUUCAGGGGAGGACCUAAUUUACGGUCUCGUAUUCCAAAGUGCCCGAAUUCAGGCUGCAAUCACAAACCAAAUGCGGAGAGAAUUGGACAGAGGUUCAUUCCCUGGACAUAUCGCCAUAUGCAUAGACUCAAAUUAUAGACUAGACUGAGGUAAAAGUCCUACGUAGUAUACCUUUAAUACUUGGUUAUGUCUUCAUGCUACUAUCAAAAGCAAAAUCUUGUGUGUCUUGUUUUUCUACACUAUCAUUUAUACUUUGUUUCACUAUGCUUUUCUGUUUGUCAUUGAUGCCUGAGAAGUUAUGUUUCUCUUUGUGUUGAUGUGGCAACUGCAUCAUCUUUCACUGUAGUUUUAUCUUGUGUGCGGUAAUGAAACUUUAGAAAUGAUUAGGAAUGGGAAAUUAGAACACCUUAAUCGGUGUCGGAGAGGCCGAGGUGUAUAUAACUAUAUCAUUUUCCACUGUUGCUUAUUGUAUGCUGCUCUCAGUUGUGUAUGUGUAUACACAAUAAAUACAUAUGAAACAUG